UAUGUACUGAGCGCGUCCGCGAGCUGAGGAACUUUUGGUGCGUCAAGCGCUCGUGCGCAUCUGCGUUUCCGACGCCGUGGACAAAAGAAUCCAUGGAGAGAACACAACGCUUUAUCUUUUUACACAAAAAAUAAUAUGAGCAAUGAAAUCAUUUUAAAUGUGAAAAUAUCCGUUUAGUUUCGGUACGGAGAGCUCAUGGAAUAUUCUAUUUCGACACCGAUUUGUUUAGUAGGAUAUUUUCGCGGGAUGAAAAUUUUAGGGACUUUAAUUAAUUUCUUAUUAACCGAAUUUCUGUCAGAUUGUUUUUCGCGUGGGUUUAGAUUAAGCCAUUGGCAUCUUUAAGACAAGUUUUCCUGGGUCUAUGAAUCUAUAAUAAAUGUUGAUAUUAGUAAGAUCAACUGCUCUUUUAUUUAAACCGCGUAACGUUGCUCCUCCGCGGAUUUAUUUAGCGCACUCUGACAUGCGAUCAAAACUUUUGUGUUUUGCGUCGAUGUAUUAAAAUGCUAGCUGCUAAAUCAUACACAAUUAUUUGGAAAAAAUAGACUUGUUCAAUGUAUACCCAAAUGGGUACACCCUCUCCCCAUUUGGUUAUCCCUUGUAUUUGUAUUAAUUUAUUGGCACCCACAACUGAGCAGAUGCACGAGAGAGAUUCCUGCUGAGGUCAUGUGCAAUUAUGCAAAGUUACGCAUUCUCUUUAAGAUCUUGCGUAGUCAUACUUAAACAUUGGCAGGAGAUCUCAAGGGUUCCUCCCCAGUGCUUUGGAUUGCGCGGAGGUACAACACCUGUCUGGUUUGUCUAAAGGUCUCUUUCUGCUCUACGUGUUGAUAUUCAAAUCAUUUUACGUGCAAAUAUGAAGCUGGAUGAAACGAUGUUUCUGUAUAAUGCGCGCACAUUGCGCUUUACGCGCUGAGGGACACCGUGAGAACCACCGACAAAACACGCAUUUGUAUAGCGUAUUUAAUAAGAAACUGAAGAUUGAAGAAGUUUUUUAAGGAUUGAAGGGAAAAUAUAGCAUCGAAAUGUGGAUUAUUGCACUGUGGAUGUUUGAAGUUUUGCUUGGUACCUCAGUUGUAGCGCAGCAUUUAGACCCUGAGGUUGGCUUAACAGCUCGGGAACAAGUUAUCCUGUUGUAUGAUAUUAAACUCCAGUGCCUUCAGAACAUCUCCGAACACAACCCUACGGAUGAAGUAUGUUCUCCUGGAUGGGAUGGAUUGGUUUGCUGGCCCCAGGGAUCCCCGGGAAAAGUCACCAAAGUCCCAUGCCCCAGCUAUGUCUAUGACUUCAACCACAAAGGGUUUGCGUACCGUAAGUGUGACUUUAAUGGAUCAUGGCUUUCGGUGGAGAACAGAACUUGGGUGAACUAUUCAGACUGCCUACACUUUCUGACUCCUGGGAUUGGAAAAGGCAAAAGAGACUUCUUUGAACGCCUUCACAUCAUGUAUACGGUGGGCUACGCCGUGUCCUUCAGCUCUCUGCUUGUUGCCAUUUUCAUCAUUGGAUACUUUCGGCGUCUUCAUUGCACUAGAAACUACAUCCACAUGCAUCUAUUUGUGUCGUUCAUGCUCCGCGCGGUCAGCAUCUUCAUAAAAGACCGAGUGGUGUACGCCAACGGUGUGCUGCAGGAGUAUGACACUAUGCUGAUGGACAACAUCAGCACCAUCUCCAUCUCUCCCCUCGACAAGAGUCAGUAUGUUGGCUGUAAGAUUACCGUCUUGUUCUUUAUCUACUUCCUUGCCACAAACUACUACUGGAUCUUAGUGGAGGGGUUGUAUCUCCACAGCCUCAUUUUUAUGGCCUUUUUUUCCGACUCCAAAUAUUUAUGGGGAUUCACCCUCAUAGGUUGGGGUGUUCCAGCACUCUUCGUAUCCACCUGGGCUGUCGUCAGGGCAACGCUCGCAGACGUGAGGUGCUGGGAGCUGAGUGCUGGAAAUAUUAAAUGGAUAUACCAAGUUCCCAUCUUGACAGCGAUUGGGCUGAAUUUUGUUCUGUUUGUGAAUAUCGUACGAGUUCUGGCAACCAAGAUCAGAGAAACAAACGCAGGCCGCUACGACACACGCAAACAGUGCAGAAAGCUGGCAAAGUCCACUCUGGUCCUGGUUCUGGUGUUCGGAGUACAUUACAUUGUGUUUGUGGGAAUGCCGCACACGUUCACCGGUCUGGGUUGGGAGCUCCGAAUGUACUGUGAACUCUUCUUUAAUUCGUUCCAGGGAUUUUUCGUGUCCAUUAUCUACUGCUACUGCAACGGAGAGGUUCAGACUGAAAUUCGUAAGACGUGGCUCCGUUGGACGCUUGCCUUUGACUGGAAGUGUCCCGUGGUUCUAGCCAAUUAUCGCUACGGGUCGGUUCUGAACAGCAGCGCCAACAGCGUCCAGUCCCAGCUGACCUCUGUGACCCGCAGUUCUGCCCUCCACACCAGCAGGGUGUACCGAUGCGGAGGUCAGCCCAACGUCACCUCUUUCAUACACACACAUUCGCACAUACACACCACCCUGCCUGGUUACGUCUUCAGCAACUCGGAUAUCGAGUGCCUUCCGCCUUCGAUUCCCGAAGAGAGCGAGGAAGACGCCAAACAGAUCGAUUGCAUCACCCUCAAAGAAAAUUACAUCGGCGUACGACAGGAAGCCCUCAGUAUAUGUUUCGAGGAGAGCGGACAAAGUUCGUAUGAUGUCACGCUUGGGGAGGCCAGUGGGGAUGGCGAUGACAUAAAGAGGGGCAAUGAUGUCACUCAUACAGAGAACGGCAUAAGCAGCGACGAUAGGCGUUCUUUAUCGUUUAGGUACGACUGUUUGGAUCAGGACGGUAACGAAGUGCGCUAAGGAACUUUCUUGGACAUUUCCUAGAGACUUAAAACUUUUUAAAAAAUAUUAAAAGAAAUCGAUGGGACAUUACGAACGCCAGUCACAUGGUGAUGUGUGCUAAAUAAUGCAUGAAAACCAAGUCCUUGUGUUAAACCCGUUAAGUUUUGUUCACUUCUUUAUUGGACUUUUCCAACUAACGUCAUUGCACUGGUGUACAAGAUCGCUUUUAUAAAGAUACGCUUCGUAAAGUCUUACAUUGUACGCAAUAGGGUGAUUCUCAUGAAAUCCAGACUUAGAAGAUGUCCAGCAUCAGUUUUUAAAAAAAAAGCCCUUGAAGCCAAUUUUUUUGCACAUAUAAGAUUAAGGUCUGAACUUACAUAACCAUUAUUUUUAAAGGAUUUAAAAAAUAUUUCCUAUAGAAUUAUUUACAUUUUUUAGAUUAUCAUUAUCAAAAAUUAUCAUUACCGCAACAUGAUAUUACAUUUAAUAUAUGCAUUUACAAACUCAUGUUUCGGUAAUGAGAACUAAAAAGUUGUCUAGGUACUAUGACAAACAAAAUUUCAACUUUUAUCUGGAGAGAAAAAUAAGAACUGCUUACCUGGUAGCCAUCUUGUGUGUCACAGUCAAUUAUGCCCUUCCAACAAUUUUUUUUAAAUGUUAGUUCAUUGAGGGCUUAAACAAUGAUUGAAAAUUGUUGCGGAGGAUGAGAAUUUUUUUCUUGGACACAUUUAUAUUCCUUAUUAUUUUCUCUACAUUUACCAAUGAUCACCAAAUAUCACAUGUUUCUUUACUGUAAAUGUUUAUAGUAUAACAUGCACUGAAGCUUUUUAUUUUUUAGAUUUUUUCAAUUAUAAAUAUUUCCAUGUCAAAGAACCAAAAUCCAGUCAUGGACACAUUGCGGUAAUGAAAAUUUCCCCCUUAAAUGUGGAAAAACAACAAAAUAGGUUUGUAUGAUGUCAUUUGAAAUCAUGUGCAAAAUAGUACGUGUAGAGAUGUUUGUAACUGUAUGCUUUUUUGAUAGCAUUUACUUUUUUAUCAAAAUGUUUCGUGACACCUCAUAAGUCUAAUUUCGUGAGAAUCACUCAAUAGUGUUUGUUUUUGCGAACUGUUCGCAAGUUGUUUGCUCGUAUCAUUUCCAAAACACAAGCACAAUGAAUUUCGCAUAAAUAUUCUUGGCAGAAUUACGAAAAUUUUAGAAAGAAUGUUUUUGCGAACCGUUUUUAUAACAAUCGUUUGCCUUUGAAUAAGGCCCAAUGCUUCUAGUUUGAGUUUUAUACACUCGAUCAGUUGUUUAGCAAGACAAUCAGUCGGAAAUAUGACUUGACAUGCAUGUUGUGAUUGUACCAAAUUUUACAUCAGCAAUUUUUUGUACUGUCAGAAAAUCUGUUUUUCUUAUCAUUUUUUGUAUGUAUUGUGCAUUGCUGUUUGAAGCGUAAUAAAUACACUAAAACCUG